CUGCUUGCCUCACUGCUGUUGAGGGUCUUGCUUUAGUGCAUUAAGUCCAAAACUACCAGUUGCUGUCAAUGAAUAGCGAAUCUUUAUGUCUGCAGGCCGUCAGCCAAACUGAUUUGGAUCACUCAGACUUAUGUUUGGUCAGCAUUGGAGUUUCCAAGGCUCUGAAAUCUUUAGAAUUUCUCAGAUAUGAAUGAGAACGUCAACAUCGUGUUUGUGCUCCAGGGUCUGAAUGACUCAGCAACAAACCGUCAGAUCUACUUUGCCUUCGCUCUGAUGUCCUACCUGGUCACCAUCUUGGUGAACCUGACCCUCAUCCUCACCGUGUGUCUGGAUAAAGCCCUCCACCAGCCGAUGUACAUCUUCAUGUGCAACCUGUGCUUCACUGGGCUCUGUGGAGCGUCCAGCUUCUACCUGAAGCUGCUCCUAGACCUUCUGGCCGACGCUCACCUCAUCACGUACACCGGCUGCUUGAUGCAGAUGUUUUUCACUUAUAUCUACAUCUUCUGCCAGUUCACCAGUCUGACUGUCAUGGCGUACGACCGUUACCUGGCCAUCUGCCAGCCGCUGCGUUACUGGGCUCUGAUGACGGGUCAGAAGGUAGCGCUGCUGUUGCUUCUCACCUGGUGUCUGUCUCUGUUAGAAACAACUGUAGGCAUUCUCCUGAUCAGCAGGCUGUCGUUCUGCAGCCACCGCAUGGCCAGGAUCUUCUGCACCAAUUGGGAGGUGGUCAAGCUGUCCUGCUCAGACACCACCGCCAACAACUUGUACGGCAUGAUGAUCAUUAUCCUGCACACAUUGCAGAUCAUAAUCAUCCUGGUCUCAUACAUGCACCUGGUCCGAAGUGCUGCCCGCUCUCAGACCAACCGCAGGAAGUUUGCUCACACAUGUUCUCCUCACCUCGCCUCGCUGCUCGUCUUCUCUUUCUCGGUGCUGUUUGACUCAUUCUAUUCUCGUUAUGGCAGCAGCUCCAUGGCGGCGCUGCAGAACGCGCUGUCAGCAGAGUUCCUCGUGGUGCCGCCCAUCGUCAACCCCAUCAUCUACGGCAUGAACCUGCAUCAGAUCAGGACCCGGAUCCGCCUCUGGAGCCCUCGAGGAGAGGGGGGCUGCCACCCAGCCUUCACCUUUUUCUGCCUGAGACAGAGGAAGAAGGAGGCCGGCCUGAACCAUGAGGGCUCAUGGGCCCAAAAGCCAGGAGCCAGCACAGGGGAGAAAUACUUCAUCGCCCAGGGGAUAUAA